CAAAGAUUCACCUUCAAUCCGAAAGAGGGGAUCGACAAUCCAGCCUUGGUCAUCUCAGACGACCCUGAGCCAGACCCCAGUCCGGUACCCCGCCUGUGCCAGAUAAAGUGCAAAGAGGGCCAGAGUUUUGGCUUCCAUCUGCGUAUGGAGAGGAGCUGCCAGGGCUAUGUUGUCCGCCAGGUGGAUCCGUGGAGUCCUGCAGCGCUCAGUGGGCUCAUGGACGGGGACCGUGUGCUGGAGGUCAACGAGGACUUUGUCGACAACAUGGAGUUCCCCAGGGCGUGUGGGCUGCAGCUGUUCCUGCUGGUUCUGAAGGGGGAGGAGUAUAAGGAGGCGCUGGCCCAGGGACUAGACCUCCAGGCUCUGACCAGGACUUACCGAGGGGAGACGUGUUCCCGGCCCAGGCUGUGUCACAUCACCAGAGACCCUGUCUUAGGUCUGGGAAUCAGCAUCAUCCCCAUUGAAGGUCAGAAGGGUCAAUACAUGUUGAGCACAGUAAGUGAGGGUCCUGCAAAGAGGGCAGGGGUGCGUAGCGGAGAUAGACUGGUGUGGAUCAACGGUGCCAUGGUAUCAACGCUCACCCAUUCAGCUAUCAGUAAAAUGGUGAAGAAAUGUAGCGUCCAUGUGACCAUCCUAGUCAUCGACAGAGAAAGUGAAGCGAGCUACAUCCGACGGAAACUGCCCAUCUUGCCUAUCAUGGCCGGCUCUCACAACCUGCCACACAGACCCACAACGAUGCAUCUGGUCCAGGGGUCAGAUGGAUACGGCUUCUUAUUACGACAAGAGAAGUUGACUUCAGGGAGGCGUAUUGCUAACUUACUCCGUGAGGUGGAUGUGGGGAGUCCAGCAGAAGAGGCUGGUAUGCAGGAUGGAGACUUGCUGCUGGCGGUCAAUGGGCAGCCUUCAGAGUCUAUGGAGCAUGAGGAUAUUGUCAGGGCAGUGAGGAAGAGUGGCAACCAGGUUAGCCUCACCACCAUGCCCAUACACGGAAGAGACUUCUACACACAGUUGGGGCUAUCUCCCCUGCUAUUCCAUGAGGACAGUCUGCCAGAAGGAGAGAGGAUGAGGAAGACACAGUCCCCUUGCACUGAGAUUCAGGAUGGGCUGAGUAAAAACGAGCAUGGCUCACUUCCUUGUCCAAGACUCUGUGUCCUCGAGAGAGAAGAAUCAGGCUUCGGGUUUAAUCUGGGCUGUGUUCAACAUGAGCCAGGGACUUUCAUAGGCCAGGUGGUGGUAAAGGGCUCAGGACAUAGGGCCGGACUGUGGGAAGGGGAUGUGGUUGUGGAGGUGAAUGGCCAGAAUGUCGAGAAUGAGUACUUCGAGGACGUUGUGAUGCUGAUAAAGAAGAGCGAGUCGUCUUUGAAAUUACUGGUUGUGGAGAGGUCAGGGUAUGAGAGACUCAAACAUAGUGGGCUUCCAAUCACUCCUGGGGUCAUACUCCACAGCACUCAGGACUGUGCCGAUAGAGCUAUGCUAUGA